CAUAGUCUGCGAGGUAUCUCGACGCAGAACGUCCUCGUUACAACCGCCGUGCAGACUGGACAUUGGGAUAAUUCAAGUUGAGAUAUACUGUUGAAGAAAGCUCUAUGCUACCUGGUUGUUUGUAUCGGCUCGUGGCACCUGUUCGAGACACUCCAGCACCUCAAAAGUCCGGCUGCGCGCAGAGUACAUGUCCCGUGAAGAGAUAGUACGAGUAAUACAGUCGAGUCAAGAUGUCUCCCAAAUCAUCUUCUAGACAUUCCGUCAUCCCCAAUCUGGAUCUCAGUUCCUCCAGUUUCGAUGCCCCCGGAAAGAAUCCAUCUCCCCUGACCCCCGGCGCCCCAAGCUCGGAUGGAUUGAGUCCUCUCACGCCCCGUUCACCACGGUCAACGCCUAGUUCACCGUUCGCGAAAUCGACAAUCCGGCCAGUGACUCAAUGGGCCUCCAAACCAGAUGAUCAGUUUCUUCGUGCCGGUUCUCCUAACCCAACCGGGGAGCCUGGCACUCCGAGCCUCACGGCCAUCCCCCAAUAUCCGCCGUCGCCAAGGGAAUCCCCGAAGCAUAACCGUGACCCGUCACGGUCAUUCUUUGCGAACUUGAAAGCAACAAGGUCAUCACACAAGAUCCACACCUCUGACGGAUCCGUGAAUUCAGAUAACUCAAAGAGUCGAGGAAGCUCAAGGGAUCGGACGAUAUAUGGCACCCGCCACCAUGGUUCGAGCCCGGAUCUGCUUUCAUCUGUUGAAGGGACUGGAGAGGGAAAGGGUGGUGAGGGCUCAGAAGAUCCUCUUGGACAGGGGGGUCUCCAUCCUAAGAAGGUUCCAACAGAGCCUGAAAAUGGCCAUGUUGUUGUUUCAAAGAAGAGCAAGCCUCGUUUUGCCAACCUUCUGUCGCGCUCACGCUCGAUAAGACACGAUGAUGGAACUUCCUCCCGAGCUACCCCCGUCCGGCGUCCGUCGACCGGUUUGGCGAGACUGGAAGAACGCAGCCAACGAGAAUUGGAGGAACCGAAGACUGCUCCUCUCCGCCAUGAACGGAUCGGGAAAGACGGUACACCAGCUGUUCGGAACCGUUCAACGGACCGUUUGGGGGAGAAUGGCAGUGCAGCUGGAAAGAAGGGCGGAGCCGCUAUGGUGACAUCGGCCUCAUUCAGCCAAGUGUCAGGCGCGUCAGUUGCCCUCUUCAGUAACAUCAAGCAGUCAUCUACCAGCACGGCAGAUCGCAUAGGUAGAGUCGGAAAGGGCUUCUUCGGCAAGAUCACGCGAAGUGGCAGCACCAACGAGCGGGAGCUGCUCAAUGAUGACUCGUAUACCUGCUCUGUGAUCAAUCUGCCUCUGAUUGAACAGACACGACGCACGCGUAUUGCUAAACGCCUGGAAGACUGCAAGGACAAGACCGAAUUUUGGAUGCCGGCUCUGCCCUAUCGCUGCAUUGACUAUCUCAACUUCAAAGGAUGCGAAGAGGAGGGCUUGUACCGCGUUCCUGGCAGUGGUAGAGAAGUUAAGCAUUGGCAGCGGCGAUUCGACUCGGAACUUGAUAUCAAUCUGUUCGAUGAACCCGAACUGUACGAUAUCAAUAUCAUUGGCUCCAUGUUCAAGGCAUGGCUCCGUGAACUGCCAGACGAGUUAUUCCCGAAGUCGACACAGGCUAUGAUCGCAGAGAAAUGCGAGGGUGCAACAACCGCCCCGCAGAUGCUGAAGGAUGAGCUCUCCAAACUGCCGCCUUACAACUACUAUCUUCUCUUCGCCAUUACCUGUCACUUGAACCUUCUCCAUUCCUACGUGGACCAGAACAAGAUGGACUACCGCAAUCUAUGUAUCUGCUUCCAGCCUUGCAUGAAGAUUGAUGGGUUCUGUUUCCAGUUCCUGGUCUGUGACUGGAAGAACUGCUGGCAAGGAUGCUGGACUGAAAAAGAAUGGCUUCAAAACGAAAAGGAGGCAGCUGUGAAAGCUGCCAAGGAGAAGGAGAACCCGGUUCCUGCGUCCUCUCAGGGUUCGACUAACGACGAACGCGCUAUCUCUUCGUCGGGGAGCAGCCAGCAUGGACAGGAAGAGAGCUCCACUCAUUCCAGCAGUCCACGAGGACGCAAAGCCCCUCCAAAGCGCUUGGACAACACCCACAUGCGGAGCGCGUCUCAGCUCCCAGAACUUGGACCACCGCUCUCGCCGAUCCACAUCUAGACGAUUUUCGCGGCUGAGUGUCCAAAUUUCUCUAUAGUCAGAGGACAAAAAAAAAGCUCUACUUUGUUCGCGGACGAUCGCCUUGGGAUCAAAACGGUCCACGAGGGACAUAUCCAGUUCGAGAUCCCAGCAACGUUCGCUUGGUCUGAUGUUUCUUUCCCAAAUCACGGCAGUUACUCGGAACCAUAAGAGUUUCGAGUUGAUGUCUUGCUUGUGUAGAGCUGGAGUGCAGCUUCAAAGCUGUCUUUUAUUUUGACAUGGCCACUAUCUCGAAUAUUGGCCCCUUGUUGCAUCCUAUCUUUUACGGCAUAUAUGCACUUAGGCCGUUUUAUACCUUUCUGCCCGCGUUUUCUUGAGACAUCGAA